CCGCGAGCAACGAUCUUUGUCUGAAGAUAUGGGACGUACGAAAGCUUAUGUUGAUUGAAACUGGAGCACUUGUUGAGGGUGAUGAUGACGGCUCCAGCUCGCUUAAAAUUACGAGCCAUCACAGAUCAAAACCUGGUCGGGGCUGUAUCCUCGGGCAAUUUGAGCAUAAAUACAGUGUCAGCUCAGCUUUUUGGGACCCUCGAGGGAGGAAAAUAGUGACAACUUGCUAUGAUAAUAAUUUGAGAAAGAAACUGAAGUUACCCCAACCAAUCCAAAAAGCUCAUAACUGUCAAACUGGACGUUAGUCGACGGUGCUGAAAGCUUAGUGGAGUCAGAAUCUCAAUGAACCAUCCCACUUCACUUCGGAUCGAUGGAUCAUUCAUUAUAUAUCAUUGCGUACAACGGAGAGGAGAUUGUGAAGCUCGCCGAUGGCUCAAAGUAAUGACGUGGCCUCCGAGUGUGAGGUACUCUACAGUA